GCGACGGCCGCCCCCGGCGCCGGCACCGCCUCCGGCCCGGAGGAACUGUGGCAGACGCUGGUGCGCGAGCGGGCGCCGUUGGCCGCGCUGUUGCUGCUCUUCUCGGCGGCCACCGUCUUCGGCAACGGGCUCGUCAUCGUGGCGGUGGCGCGCGAGCGCUACCUCCACACCGCCACCAACUACUUCGUCACGUCGCUCGCCGUCGCCGACUGCCUCGUCGGGCUCGUCGUGAUGCCGUUCAGCGCCGCCUACGAGGUCGCCAACCACGCGUGGUUCUUCGGAAUAGACUGGUGCGACGCGUGGCGCUCGCUGGACGUGCUGGCGAGCACGGCGUCCAUCCUGAACCUGUGCGUCAUCUCGCUGGACCGCUACUGGGCCAUCACGGACCCUUUCUCGUACCCCGCGCGGAUGACGGGGCGGCGCGCGGCAGCACUCAUCACGGCCGUGUGGGUGUGCUCGGGCGCCAUCUCGUUCCCCGCCAUCGCGUGGUGGCGUGCUGUGCGGCCCGAGCACGUGCCGCCCUACAAGUGCCCCUUCACUGAGAACCUCAGCUACCUCGUCUUCUCAUCCACCAUCUCCUUCUACCUGCCGCUCUUCGUCAUGGUGUUCACCUACUACCGCAUCUACCGUGCUGCCGUCGUGCAGACGCGGUCGCUCAAGCUGGGCACCAAGCAGGUGCUGAUGGCGUCGGGCGAGCUCGAGCUGACGCUGCGCAUCCACCGCGGCGGCCACAACCACAGCGGCGGCAGCGGCAGCGAGCUCACCUCGGACGACGCCGACCAGCAGCACCCGCACCAGCACGGGCAGGCGCCCGCCUCCGCCCCCGCGCCUAUCGCCAGCUCGCCGCCCCCGCCGCCCCUGCCGCCGCCGCCGCCACAAUCGCAGCCUCUCAGCCGGCAGCCCUCCAAGGCGCUCAACUCCAAGAACUUCUCGCUGAGCCGAAAGCUGGCCAAGUUCGCCAAGGAGAAGAAGGCGGCCAAGACGCUGGGCAUCGUGAUGGGCGUGUUCAUCGUGUGCUGGCUGCCCUUCUUCAUCGUGAACCCGCUGUCGGUGGUGCUGCCGCAGCAGGAGCUCUUCUCGGCCGUCGUCUGCUGGCUGGGCUGGCUCAACUCGGGAAUGAACCCCGUCAUCUACGCCUGCUGGAGCCGGGACUUCCGCAGGGCAUUCGUGAGGAUACUGUGCGUGUGCUGUCCCAGGCGGAUGCGCCGGAAGUACCAGCCGGCGCUUCGGUCCAAACCCAGCCAGUUCCUGGGCAACACGGCGGUUAUGCUGGCGCACUCGAGCGUCGGCUACUCCUCCGUGGGCCGCCACCAGCACCAGCUCUACCGGAUAUGACGUCACGACGCGGCCGGCGGCGAGCUGCGGCGCAGGCCCAGCCUCUCGUAGCGCGGUCGCCGCCGGGCCAGCCCGUGCCUUGCUGCGUCACUUCCUGUCUCCACCUGUCUGCCCGCAUCGACGCUCCGAGAGCGGCUGCCGUGGAAUCGCACCUGGUUUCAACUAAACUCUUCAUGUGAUGUUACAUAUUUUGUGUUGUUGUUGAGGGGAAAGUAUACGCUCAGAAACGUAGUUUUUUUUCCUAAUUACGCUCUCUGACUGAGAGCAGAGAAUUCGCAUUCACAAAUUCGUCAGGUUUGGACUCAAAGAAAAAUAAACUCAUUAACACUCCUUUUUUCUACACGUUGAAAUCUCUGAUUCAUUCGUUACAGACUUUCCUACAGCUUAUAUCCGUUUUUACUGGGAGAUGUGGUAGCAAAUUUAAACGUGUGCUUCUAAAGAAACUGCUCUUUUAUUUUACGAAAUCGACGCGAUCAUAAAAUUUAGUAAAAUGGAUGUAUCGAGUUCGUAAAAUGAUUUUACAGAUAUUAUAAAAUUUGCUUCUCAUUGCCUGUUGUAUUACCGGUGUCUGACAAGUAAAAGACCUUUGUUUUUACUAUCACAUAAACAAUGUAGUUUAUUUUGAGUGGAUCCCAUUAGUAAUAGAAAGUUUACAUUCUUGAAUUUACUCUCCCUUUGAUUAUCGCUGUGUUGAUGAUAUAUGUCUUGGAAUGAAAGGGGUGGUUUGAAACACGACUUCCUCAUUCGUAAGGUAACCCACCAUCAACUGUCGCCAAAUACCAUUGUAAAUUGUGCCGAGACCUAAUGCAGCCCACUGUGGGGUACAUUAAUUCUUCUUGCAUCAUUGCAUUAACCUUCGUUUUCUUAGUUUCCUGUCUGCUUUUGUAGCUUUUCAGUAAGUUCGUUCUCCGUUCAAAACUGUCAUAUCAUUUUCGCAUUGCAUUUAUUGCCCGUCCGCAAACCCAAACAUUAAAUGGUCAAAGAAGUGUAAUCCGAAAAAACAACAAAAGGGAACUGAGUGUCUCAGAUAAAAGGAAAUUUACUUGGCUUCUAUAAAAUAAAUAUUUUGUGUCUAUACUUCAAAAAACAUUUCAGUACCUAAAGAGCAGCUUACUAUGAGGAUCUCUGUCGUAAUUCAUGAAAUAAUGUAGUUUCUGGAAAGAAAAGCAUUCAUAAUAUUUCUGUGUAUAUACUACAACAAUUUCAAUGUCAUUUACGUUAAAAAACGUUGGAGAAGCUUAAAGACAUUGAGUGAGAAGAUGUUGUAACAGAGAUUACCAAUAUUAUCGAUGCGCACAAAAAAUAAAUUGGAAAAAAUGGGAUGUGGAGUAACUGUGGAAAGUCUACAGUUUAUCUAUAGGCCUCUGGAGAUGCAUGUAAAUUUAUAGACAUUACCUUGCCAUACAAGUCUUAGUAGUUAUAACACGUUAAAUAAUGGAAUUCGCUGGAGCAUUUUUUGAAAACAUGCAAUGUUCUACUAAUUUUAUGUUACAACUGAAACGGCUCUAUA